UCAGGUUUACGUCAUCACGCAAGUGCAUGGAGAACCCCACACGAGGCGCCAGUUGCACGGUGUCGUUGGGUGUUGUUUCGUUUCUCUCUACUGCGCGCCCUCUCGGUUAAUUGAAAUAAAAGGCUGAGCUUGGACAGCACAUAUUGCUAUUAACAAAGGACAGGUUCAUAAUAAAAUGCAGCCUGCAACAGCAAAGUGGUAUGACAGACGAGACUAUGUCUUCAUUGAGUUUUGUGUAGAAGAUAGUAAAGAUGUUCACGUAAAAUUUGAAAAGUCAAAGUUUGAUUUCAGCUGUCUUGGUGGAACAGAUAACAUCAAACAUCUGAAUGAAGUUGACCUUUAUGGAGCAAUUGAUCAAAAUGAUUGCAAACACAGGCGAACAGAUCGAUCUGUUCUGUGCUGCUUACGGAAAGCAGACCCUGGGAAGUCCUGGCCACGGCUAACCAAAGACAAGGCCAAGCUGAACUGGCUCAGUGUCGACUUCAACAACUGGAAGGACUGGGAGGACGACUCCGACGAAGAACUGUCCAACUUCGACAACUUCUCAGAGAUGAUGAACAACAUGGGAGGGGAGGAUGACUUGGCAGAUGUGGAUGGUGGAGAUGAGGAUUCUGCAGAUAGUGAUGAUGAAAAAAUGCCUGAUUUGGAGUGAUGGAGACCAGGAGUUUCCCCCGAAACAGUCGCAGGCAGCUCUAUGGGUUGAUAUUCAUCCACUGUUCCACACCGCUGUUCCCAUGGGCUGUUCCCGGCUGUGCGACUCCCCAUCUCUUCCUCUCCCAGGUCUCAACUGGAGCACAACCCCCGCAGUGACUGAUGACAACAGAAGUUUGAAAUCUCAUGAAGAGUAAUAAAAAGCUUUGUCUAACCCUCCUAAUGGGGGUACGUUCUGUGUUGGAGAAGUUUUGCAUUAUUCUUUGCUCAUGAAACAAAAUGAUGGUGAAGGCUCUCAAAAAUUGGCCUAAAUUUCAAUACAGCUUUUCACUCUUAAUUUACCUGGUGUUGUUCACACUAAAUGGAAACUAUUUCUGGCACAGUAUCUUACAUUUUAACAGUUGUAAAUACUGUUUAUAAACAUUUGUUUGGACUUUCAUAAAUGUUCCAAUGUUCUACUAGAAAUGGUUUUCCCACUUCUAAUGGCGUGUACUUAUUCUUUUCGCAAGGGUAAUUUACAUUUUAUGUUCAUGAAGUUAUCUUUCAUUACCAACUACAAGCUUGUAAUGGUUAACAUGCAUACUUUCAUCACUGUAAAAGAGGAACAGGUAUACAGAUAUUAAAACAAUUCUUCCAUGUGCGAGUUGGAGAAGCUCAAAUAUGUCUGUACUGAAUGUUUGACCAACAGACUCAUGUAGUCGCGCAAACACACGUGUGUACAUACCAACACAUGCACAUGCAUAUGCCUGCACGUGUGCACAUUGUAGCCUCUAAAUGUAUGCAUACUAAACUAACAAAGAUUGUGCUGAUGCCAGAAAUGUAAGUGUGGUGUUCUCCCAGUUCAUCCAUCUGAGCAACAAAAAAUCCUGACUGCACUGUUUCCAGGAAGUCUUUUUUGGUUAUUAUCAAGGGUAUGAAUAUACUUGGAGGCUGCAGUUUGUGUGAGUGUCUGUAAUGUGUGUAGGGUUCAUGAGUAAAUUUGAAGCCUCUGGUUAGUCUGAUAAUUCUAAUGUACGAAAUAGACAGUAAACAAAUGGAUGACCAAAUUGUAUUUGCACUGUCAAAAAUUAAUGCAAGUGUAGGUAAAAUAAGUAUACAUAUUAUGCACUAUUCUUACUUUGUAUGUCAACCUGCCAGCCUUUAAAGGGCUGGACUUCAGUUUUGUUGAAAUGCAGUGGGGAGCUUUUUUUAUUGUCUACAUCUUUAUAAUAAACUUAAGACACCUUUGA